AAAAUGACACAACCUUAAUGUCGCAAUGGACUUUCCCAGCUGCCUCCACUCGCGAUAAGAGCAAGAGUGUGUAUAAAGAAGCGCAUGUAUUACCUGAGCAGAACGUCCGAACGUCCGCUAACAGGUCAGAAUGAAGUUGCUCCUACUUGCCUUGCUCGUUGCUGUGUGCCUGGAGGAUAGUACACAGGCAUCGGGUGGAAAGACGCCAACACCAAAACCAACUACGCCGACACCAAAACCAACUACGCCAACACCAAAACCAACUACGCCGACACCAAAACCAACUACGCCGACACCAAAACCAACUACGCCGACACCAAAACCAACUACGCCGACACCAAAACCAACUACGCCGACACCAAAACCAACUACGCCGACACCAAAACCAACUACGCCGACACCAAAACCAACUACGCCGACACCAAAACCAACUACGCCGACACCAAAACCAACUACGCCGACACCAAAACCAACUACGCCGACACCAAAACCAACUACGCCGACACCAAAACCAACUACGCCAACACCAAAACCAACUACGCCGACACCAAAACCAACUACGCCGACACCAAAACCAACUACGCCGACACCAAAACCAACUACGCCGACACCAAAACCAACUACGCCGACACCAAAACCAACUACGCCGACACCAAAACCAACUACGCCGACACCAAAACCAACUACGCCGACACCAAAACCAACUACGCCGACACCAAAACCAACUAAGCCGACACCAAAACCAACUACGCCGACACCAAAACCAACUACGCCGACACCAAAACCAACUACGCCGACACCAAAACCAACUACGCCGACACCAAAACCAACUACGCCGACACCAAAACCAACUACGCCGACACCAAAACCAACUAAGCCGACACCAAAACCAACUACGCCAACACCAAAACCAACUACGCCGACACCAAAACCAACUACGCCGACACCAAAACCAACUACGCCGACACCAAAACCAACUACGCCGACACCAAAACCAACUACGCCGACACCAAAACCAACUACGCCGACACCAAAACCAACUAAGCCGACACCAAAACCAACUACGCCGACACCAAAACCAACUACGCCGACACCAAAACCAACUACGCCGACACCAAAACCAACUACGCCGACACCAAAACCAACUACGCCGACACCAAAACCAACUACGCCGACACCAAAACCAACUAAGCCGACACCAAAACCAACUACGCCAACACCAAAACCAACUACGCCGACACCAAAACCAACUACGCCGACACCAAAACCAACUACGCCGACACCAAAACCAACUACGCCGACACCAAAACCAACUACGCCGACACCAAAACCAACUACGCCGACACCAAAACCAACUAAGCCGACACCAAAACCAACUACGCCGACACCAAAACCAACUACGCCGACACCAAAACCAACUACGCCGACACCAAAACCAACUACGCCGACACCAAAACCAACUACGCCAACACCAAAACCAACUACGCCGACACCAAAACCAACUACGCCGACACCAAAACCAACUACGCCGACACCAAAACCAACUACGCCGACACCAAAACCAACUACGCCGACACCAAAACCAACUAAGCCGACACCAAAACCAACUCAUCUGAGAGCAGCCAACAUGCCUUUGGUUCAUCCCUUCAGCAUCAUUUGUUACGCUAACAAGUCAAUACAGAUACUUAAAAACAGCAACUACGAACAGGAUUUAUUUGUGGUCGGCGAUGUGAACAAAACAUGUGUGAAACAUACUCACCACUUCACAAUUGACAAACAGAAUGUGACACUUACCUCUUCUUGUCUGGAUACGAAGGAAGGUGCAUUCCUGAUUGAAGUGCAAGACAGACCACUUCCCACAACAACUUCCAAACCACUUGUUAUUGGAGGGAAGAGUUCUAUUGUCUACAGGGUGACCUGCAUUCCCGAUACAGACGGAGAUCCGGUAAAUGUAACAAUGAUGCCUGCAGUGGGUGUCAAGGCAAAUGCCUCAGAGCUGGUGCUGCCCGACCUCCAGAUAGGCAUCUUUGCCAAGUCUGAGACCGCAACUCCUAAUAUGACAACACAGCUACCCUCAUUGACCUUGGCCAGUGAAGUGCAGCUAGUUAUUUACAAUGAUCUCAAAGGAGACAGAAUGUCCUACAUGCUGAUCCCGUCCAAGUGCGUGGCCCACCCGCAGAAUCAGCCGACCGUGACGCUAACAUUGUUGAAUGACAAUAAGACAAACUGUACCUAUGAAAACACACUGAUGAGCACCUUCACCGUAACAAACACCACGGACUACGACCUUGCCUAUGCUACACUGUACCCCUUCACGUUUCAACGCUACCCUGACUCGCGCGUUGUGCUGGAGUGUACGGUGUACAUCUGUCCGAAGGAUGAUAAAGUUGAUGGUGUACGAUCCGGUUACUGCGACAAAACGCAAUUGAAUUCUGGGAAACGCUGUAGUAAACUGGACGCGAAAUCUGGCUACACAAAGAAGAAGAGGAGGAGGAGGGAUGUAGGAGUCGGUGACGGUGGAGUGACGAGGGCGACCCUAAGGACCACUUUCACCGUUCAGGAACCUUUGAUGGCUGGCGCGUCAAGGUGCUCCAUGGGGAUCUGGGCUCUGGUCGCACUGAUGUACCUGUUCAAGUGAAGUACACGUGUCUGUGUCCUGUCUAUCUAUAGGCCGGGGCAGUUGCUAGAUAGUAUCCCCAAUAUUCAGCAGUGGAAUGAACAGGGAAUCAAAUUACAUGCAUGUAUACAAUUGAUGUCGUUUACUUAUCAUCAUAGAUUUUUUGAUUGUCAUAUAUUUUUUGUAUUUAGAUGAAAGUUAAUUGUGUUUUUGCCUUUUUUGCAUCUGGUGAUAUGUCUGAUACGUGCCUGUUUUUCCUUGAACUAGAAGCGUGUACAUGCCAUGAUUAUAAUGAAUGAUUGAAAUGGUCGUUUAAUUACCUGCAGACAGACCAAUGAUUACAACUAAAUCAUUAUGCAAUUAACUGCCAAUGUAUAGCAUGAAACUUAAAUAUUCUAAUAUGUUAUCAAUAAACGGUAUCUAUAUUGCUGAUAAUAAUCAAGCUAUCUUCCAUCUCUA